CCAGAUCUUUACAGAAAAAUAUUAUAAAUAAUAAAAUAUUCAAAGGUAUCAAUCGCGAAAAUAUCUAGAGAAGGCUAUAAAUACCCCAAAAGUUGCUCAGAUCAUUUUUCUGAAACUUCUGCAAGAAAAGGAAACUUGUUCGCGGAUUACAUUUAAGUACAGAUAUUUUCUACUUCUGUUCCUCUUGCUCUUAUUUUCUACAAGAACAGAUUUCAAAGGCGUCAAGACAGAAUAAAUCUCUAAUUAUUUUGUGGAGUAUGACUCGAUACACAGAGAGAAACACUGAGAUGGAUAUUCUUAGUCAAACUUCCAAUACAUCUUCUUUACCAAUGGAUCCUUCAAGAAAGAAGAAAACAAGAAGCAGGCGUGAUGCACCAAAGAAAGUGGCUGCAACAAUUGCCAAGUGGAAAGAAAAUAACAACAUUACCCGAAAAGCCCCUGCAAAAGGGUCCAAGAAAGGUUGUAUGAAAGGUAAAGGAGGACCUGAAAACUCAAGGUGUCAGUAUAGAGGAGUGAGGCAAAGAACAUGGGGUAAAUGGGUAGCAGAGAUCCGUGAACCCAAUAGGGGUAAACGGUUAUGGCUUGGAACUUUUGGGUCAGCCAUUGAAGCUGCCCUAGCUUAUGACGAAGCUGCCCGAGCAAUGUAUGGACCUUCUGCCCGACUCAAUCUACCAAAUUGUCAGUCAACAAAUGAUUGUUCUCGGUCAAUGUCUAAACCUGCUUCUAGUUGUGACUCUACCACCACUACAUGUGAUCUUCUGCAAAUGGGACAUGAUGAACCGUUGACUUUGGUCAAAGAAGAACCUAUCGAGGAGAAAAAAGAUGUGGGAUUUCGUAUUGGUGAAGGUUACUUUCAAAUGCUACCUGAAGAUGAGAUGUUUGAUAUGGAUCAGCUUCUUGAGGAUUUGGAUCAAAGAGAUGGUUUUGUUCCCAAUUUGAACCCAAAUGAUUUUGCUACUUAUGAACCAAACAAUCUAGACAUGUGGCAAGGUUCUUGUUUGGAUUUCUUGAACACAGGAAGACCUGAAGAUGAUAGUUUUGCAAUGGCAGAGUUGGGUUUGAGUUUUGAUCAUGAAUUACUGAAUUAGGUUGAAAGAGAUGGACAUGAACUAACUGUAACAGUAUUGUUUUUUUUUUUUUUUUACUGGGUCUUUUUAUAAACCAGUUCUCG